AUGGCUCCCAACAUGAACUGGCGAGCCGUGAUGGCUUCACUCUUACUUCUGUCACCUACCCCAUCCCAUACCCUCCCUUGCGAUAGUGAUCCCAACCAGCAAACUGGCAUGCUCUAUGCUGGAGGCUGUCCACUCCCUGGCGUAUGUACAUGGGGAAGCUGUACAAGCGUCACGAUCGGACUCGACCCUACACAAUGCGGCAAACGUGGCAACUCAUGCAAAGCCGGAGAGCUCUGCGUUGCUGGUGGAUGCUAUCCUCUGGAUGGGUCAAAUACCAACAGCUGCACCUCCUCAUCAGGUUCCAAUAGCUCUGAGCCAUGUCGGCCGGGCCAAUGGUGCGAUGAUGGGAAGUGUUCCCCAAUCCAGGUGACGGCAAACUCUCGUCGCUGUGGCAGUACCAACACACAAUGCGGACCUGGAUCUCUUUGUGUCAACGACCGAUGCCAAAGGUUGGCCAUUGGCUCAGACCCCAACUCCUGUGGUACUUCAAAUACGACCUGUGCCUCAGGCAACUGGUGCCUUGACGGAUCAUGUGUGCCCUUUCAACUUGGUACCAACGUCCAGUCCUGUAAGAGCAGCAGCGAAUGCUCCCUUGGCGCAUCAUGCCGAGGCGGUUACUGUCGUCAGGCCUUCAUCUCGACCGACACUUAUAACUGUGGUCUGGGAGCCAACCCCAAGAACUGCACCGACGGUCAACUCUGUGUUUCUGGACAAUGCCUUUCACUCAACAUUACUUCAGGGACACCUACUCAUUGCGGCUCUAAUGGAAAAUGCCAACCAGGAUCUUACUGCUCGAAUAACGAGUGCCUACCUAUCAAGAUCUCAACCGACCUAUCGCAAUGCGGGAGCAGCUCAGAAUCCUGCGGAAGCAACCAGGUGUGCAUCUCGGACCAAUGUAUCAGCAACCUGGUCCAUCAAUCCAACACUGCUAGGGUCGCAUGUGGUGCUGGGUCUGGAGGUCCCGGAGCACGUAUUCCCGGUGCGGAUGAGGAUGGAGAUACACAGUCGGGUGAUGGAGGCAGUUCCUCUGGAGGAAGCGGCAGCCCUGGCGACGGUGAGUCGAAUGGCAAUGGCUCGGGAGAUAAUGCCGACGGCCAAGAAGGAGGAUCUUCUGAUGGAAAUGGAUCAUCGGGCCAAGACAAUGAUGCAUCCGGUAAUGGAGAUGCACAAUCGCCAGAUGGUUCCGACGAUGGAGACGCCUCUGGCAAUGGGGGCUCAUCGGAAGGAAACGGCGCAACCUCAGCUCGGCCAGAGGGAACCUCAGGCGAUGCUGGGCGCGGGGGAGAUGACUCAGCUUCUGGCUCAGGAAACGGGGAUGGGCAAGCAGACCAAGAUGGAUCCGAUAAAAAUGGCGCUGACGGAGCAUCAUCGGACCAGAAUGGAGGAGAUACUGGCUCCGGGUCACCAGCUUCAACUUGCGACCCAGCCUGUACUGGCAAUACUGUCUGUAUCAACAACCAAUGCGCUUCAGUUCAGGACCCGUCAUCCUGCGGUACCUCCUCCAGCCGUCUCCUGCGUCUUCUGCGGAGACAAGCAACAUCAACCUGCCAGCCAGGCUUUGCUUGUAUUAACAACGAGUGCGUACCGGCCGAUGGCCCGGUCAACUGCGGCGCAUCAGGUGUCAAUUGCCCCAUCAACUUUGCUUGUAUCCAAGAUUCCUGCGUGGCUCUUGGUGAUCCAACUUCAUGCGGUGACGAAACUUGCAGCAGUGAUGAAGUUUGCAUCGGCAACAUCUGCACGCCAAGUCCCGGUUUAGCUAGCUGCAAUGGAGUUGCUUGCCCUACUGGUGAGACUUGCCAGAACGGAGCUUGUGUCCCCAUCGACGGCACAGGCUCAGGUUCAAGCGGAGGUGCAGGAACCCAGGGAAGCGGCUCAAAUAAUGGGGCCGAUGAUGGAUCUUCCUCUUCAAGUGGUGACAACGGGAACGGCGACAACACAGGCGGGGAAGGACAGGACAGCGGAGAUUCCUCGGAUGGGGCCUCUCCUAACGACGGCUCUUCUGGCGAUGGGUCACAGACUGGCAGUACACAAGGACAAGGCUCUGGUGGUGAUGGUUCAGGGGAUUCUGGCUCAGGAUCUGGCACUGGUAGUGGUUCUGGAUCUGGAGAUGGCUCCGGCUCAGGCUCAGGCUCAGGUUCCAGCAGUGGCUCUUCUGGCGGCUCAAAUGACGGUGGAAGCACAGGUUCUGGGACGAGUCCAGGAAGCGGAAAUGGCUCGGGCAACGGAUCAAAUUCAGGAUCAGAUUCACCCUCAGGCAGUAGUUCAGGUUCUGGAUCUCAGGGAGGUAGUGGUUCAGGAUCAAAUGGUGGAGAUGGCGACGGUAAUGGCUCUGGAUCCGGGCCCGACUCUGGCUCAUCAUCAGGCAAUGGUUCAGAUGGCAGUGGAAAUGGUUCACCAACAACACGUCAACCAGCACUUACGGCCAGACCACAGGGUAAUGUUCCUGGUGGUGGUGAUCCUGAUACCGACAAUACCUCUGGUGUUGCUAAUACAGAGUCAAAUGGCCGACAGACCUCGAGUACACAAGCUGGAACCCGUCCAAGCCAAACUGGUAGCCAAGGAAAUGGAUCUGGAGGUGAUGGACCUGGAGGCGACAACGGGUCUAGCAGUCGGUCGCAAUCAGCGUCCUCUCCGAAUCAGACUGGGGGUACAGAGGGAGGUGGUACAGGUGGCGAUGGCGACCCUGCCUCGAGCGACCCUGUGUCCAAUGGCGGCCCAGAGGCAACAUCGGGAGCUUCUGUAUCCGGCGGUUCUUCGCCUUCAGGGUCAGGUGGAUCGGGAGCUACGGGCUCAACAGGCCAGACAUCGCCAACCUCCAUCCUAUCUGAUGGGGCACCAAUUGUCAAUCCUGGCCCAGGUUCAACGGGGGCAUCUGGAAGAUUGGUAACAUCAACUUCGAGGCAGAUUGGAAGCCCCGAAGGAAACCCUACGGGUGGCGGAGAUGGCGAGCCAUCACCAACAGAUAGUAAUGGUGGUGGUAACACAGGCACUCAAGGGUCAGAAGGGUCAGGCAGCCCCUCAACGAACAACGGGGGCGCGUCGGCUACAGGCGGUAAUGGAGGCGGCACUGGUACUGCAACUCAAGGUUCAGGCACUUCAAAUACUGUUGCCAGUCAGUCUAGCUCUCGAAACCCAGCUGGAUCUGGCACAGGUGGUGGACAACCUUCAAACACUGACGGCGGCCCUAACGCUGGAGGUCAAACAAGUGCAAGUGGCAGUCAACCUUCAGCGACCAAUUCGCAGGGAACCAACCCAAGCCAAGGGGCUGGAACGACUGGUUCUUCAAAUGGCCAGCCAACUGGUGGACAGUCUUCCUCUGUCACAACCACAGGCCAAGGCUCGUCACCCACUGAUGGAUCCCCCACAUCCUGCUCAGAUGAUAGUGAUUGUGUCAUCGAUACCGAGCUCUGCAUUUCUGGAGGGCUCAACAUCUGCACUUGCGUGAACGCAGUAUGUGUCCCGACCACUGACCCAGAUGGUGCUUCUACAGCAGGAAGCGCCAGCUCUGCUGCGGCAUCUGGAACCCAGGCCAUCAACCCAUCAACGCCGACAGAGAGUGGUGAAGGUACACCAUGUACCGAUGACGAUGACUGCUUAGCUGAUGUCUCGCUGUGUUUGAGUGGCGCGCUCAAUCUAUGCACUUGCGUUGACGCAGUGUGCGUUAGAGACACGACAACGAGUGGCUCUCAAGUCUCAAGCACGGCUUCUGGCAAUAACCCAGGGUCUGGUGCCGGCGGAUCAGGAACUACAACAGCCGGCGAGUCGGCUACACAAACAGGAUCGGCAUGUUCUACCAGCGACGACUGCGUGGCCGACGUAGCAUUAUGCCUGGUCGCAGGGCUCAACUUAUGUGUCUGUGUAGAUGCUGUAUGCCAACUUGGACCCGACUCGAGCAAUGGUGGAGGUGGCGAUGAUGAACCAACCACAACAGCUGGGGCACCAGCAGCACAAACAUCAGUACCGUGCGCAAAUGCCGAAGACUGUACAGCCGCCCUCGGACUGUCUGUCUUAGGAAUCUACGUCUGUGUGGACCUCAUCUGUCAGCUUCAACCAACUGCCGACCCUACGAAUGGAGGUACUACAGCUUCGCAAACAGGCUCCAUCGCGGUUCCCACCAUCACUGAACCUAUCGAUUGUGCGACAGAUCAAGACUGCGUGGCGGCGUUGGGAGCUAACGCGUUAGGAAUCUUCGCAUGCAUAGAUCUCUUAUGUGAGCAGACGGCUACAGCUUCUGGAGCUGGUGCCUCUGCUACUCAGCCUGCCGCGUCUGUGCAAGGAACUAACGUCGAGUGUUCGACGGACCAAGACUGUGUGGCUGCCAUUGGAGUUGGGGCUCUUGGUAUCUUUGCAUGUGUCAAUCUUCUUUGUCAACAGACAGCAACAGCUAGCGUUGUGACGACAGCAACUAACACUGGGGUCUCUGCUUCGGCUUCUACAACUGACGUUGAGUGUGCAACUGACCAAGACUGUGUCGCCGCUCUCGGCGCCCAGGCAUUGGGAUUAUUUGUCUGUGUUAACGCUCUCUGCCGGGAGACUACUUCAACUGCAGGCGCUGGACCUUCGACAACUCAGCCGCCUUCUCCGGGAGCCACCGCCGAUAUCGAGUGCUCAACAAACCAGGACUGCAUCGCAGCAAUUGGCGCAAAUGCUUUGGGGAUUUUUGCUUGCAUAGACCUGAUUUGUCAACAGACUGCAAACCCGAGCAGCGGCUUUGUCACUGUAACAUCUGGCAAUACAGCGGCACCAACUGGUAGUUCGGAAACACCAUGUUCUGACGACAGCGACUGUACGGUCGCAGGCCAGACAUGCGCCGCAGAUGGCUUUUGCAGGGCAUCAUCCCCCAGUAAUGGCAACGGAGGCGCCUCAUCUUGCUCCGACAGUGUUGAUUGCCUCUUAUCUCUGCAACCUCUUUGCGCCCUUGGCCUCUGCGUUUGCUUGAAUGCGGUUUGCAGUCCACCAUCAAACGUCAACACAUGUUCGACAAACUUGCAGUGCAGAGCUGGACAAAGCUGUCAACAAGAAGUCUGCGUCGAUGAUGUCUCUUGUUCUACAGAAGAUGACUGUGUGGCAAACCUGAACUUGUGUACGUCGCUGGGAAUCUGUGCUUGCGUCAAUGGAUUGUGUACUCUAUAA